ACAACGAAAAUCAGUUCUACAUAAACAAUAUGGCCGUUAGCAGGACAAAUAAGCAACUUUAUAUGACAUUGAAACGAUUUUUAUCUAAACAAAGAGAUUUUAUUAUUAAACCACACACACCAAAUAAUGAAAAAAUAUUAAGUUCACACAAAGAAUUUAAUUUUCGGUUGUUAUCAGUAGAGCUUUUACGGCGAUUGUCAAAAUGUUGGCGACGCAAUAUAUUUGCGACGUUGUCAUCAGUUGGCAUUAUUGCAGGUUUAGGGGCAGCAAGGCUCAGCCUCAACGGAUCUGUUCUGUUUGAUAAGCCCAUAUCUGUAGAAUUUUCACCACCUAAAAAAUCAAUAGAUGAUGCACUGUUAACAGCUUGUCGACUUGGACUAGUGUCUGAGGUAACAAGACUGCUGAAACUUGGGGCUAAAGUGGACAAGACUCAUGAACUUGGCUGGACAGCUCUUCACGUUGCUGCUGUGAACAAUAAACCUCAGGUUGUACAGCUCUUGUUGGCCCAUGGAGCAGAUCCUAAUUGUUUAGAUCAAUUCACAACUGUGGCACAGAAGUCCAGAGAGAAACAGUUAAACAGUUUACAUGUUUUACUUACCAGAGAGGAGGAGUUUUCAGACAGACUUAGCAACAGAGCAAAUUUUCAAAACUGUACCCCACUACAUUACGCAGUGCUUGUCAAUGAUAUUCAGAGUAUUAGACUACUAUUAGAGGCUGGUGCAGAUCCAACUCUAGAGAAUGCUUUGGGUCAUAAAGCUAUUGAAUAUGCUCGGGACAAUGAAGCCAAAGAACUAAUUGGAACAUAUACACAGAAGUUUGUUGAAAAAAAAGCUGCAGAAGAAGCAGAGGAAAGAAGACGAUUUCCUUUAGAGUUGAGGCUAAGAGAACACAUUAUUGGACAGGAAGCAGCUAUUAAUACAGUAGCAGCAGCUAUCAGAAGAAAGCAGAAUGGCUGGUAUGAUGAAGAUCAUCCUCUUGUGUUUCUCUUCUUAGGGUCUUCUGGGAUAGGUAAAACAGAACUGGCCAAGCAAGUCUCUAAUUAUCUACAUAAAAACAAAAAAGAUGCCUUCAUCAGAAUAGACAUGUCUGAGUAUCAAGAAAAACAUGAGGUUGCAAAAUUUAUUGGUGCUCCGCCGGGUUAUGUUGGUCAUGAUGAAGGUGGUCAGCUGACUAAAGCUUUGACCAAGUGUCCUGAUGCUGUGGUCUUGUUUGAUGAAGUGGAUAAAGCACACCCAGAUGUGUUGACUAUCAUGUUACAACUUUUUGAUGAAGGCAGAUUGACUGAUGGCAAAGGGAAACUUGUGGAAUGUAAGGAUGCUAUAUUUAUCAUGACCUCUAACCUUGCCAGCGAGGAAAUUGCUGAACAUGCCAUACAGUUGAGACAAGAAGCUGCCAAUAUGUCCAAAAUGAGAGGAACACAAAAUAUAGAGGAUUUGGAGCAAACAGAAAAAGUGACUAUAUCAAAAAAUUUCAAAGAUCAGGUGGUCAGACCAAUACUUAAGAGAAAGUUUCGCCGUGAUGAGUUCCUGGGUAGAAUCAAUGAAAUUGUUUACUUUUUACCUUUUUCUCAAUCCGAGCUGACCAAACUUGUCAACAAGGAAUUGCAGUUUUGGGCUGUCAGGGCAAAAAAGAAACACAACAUUGAACUGCUGUGGGAUCACAGGGUUGUUGACACACUGGCUGAAGGCUUUGAUACACACUAUGGAGCAAGAUCUAUCAAAUAUGAGGUGGAAAGACGGGUGGUUACACAGCUGGCUAUGGCCCACGAGAGACAACUCAUUAACCAGGGCAGUAAAAUCAGAAUCACAGUUUCCAAAGGCAAUGAUCUUCUGGCCAACUCUAAUGCCUCAUCAGAGGAUGAAGUCUCAACUAUUAAACUGCAGAUCUUAGAGUCUGCCUGUUCAGGAAUUGAAAAAUACAGGGACAUUGUACUUGAUAACAGCAACAAUCCUUUCUCUAUGCCUACAUAACUUUAUCACCACUUUCUCCAUUCUUUCUCACAUAAUAGAAACUUUUUCUCAAUGUCCAUAUAACAGCCAAAAUUCUUAUUCAUGCCAAAAAAUGUUGUCCAUUUAUACCAAGCCAUCUCUGGCUCACUCAAAUGUUUUAUCAUGCUCAUGGAGGUGACACAGUGCAAUACAUUGAUUGCUUACAUAUUCAUUCAUUUGAUUGUGAUGUAUGUAAGAGAAGGAAGUGGAUAAAAUGUGUAUAAGCCAAGGUGUUAGAGAAAGCUUAGUGUUUAUGAAGGAAGUGGAUAAAAUGUGUAUAAGCCAAGGUGUCAGAGAAAGCUUAGUGUUUAUGAAGGAAGUGGAUAAAAUGUGUAUAAGCCAAGGUGUAAGAGAAAGCUUGUCUAUGAAGGAAGUGGAUAAAAUGUGUAUAAGCCAAGGUGUAAGAGAAAGCUUGUUGUCUAUGAAGGAAGUGGAUAAAAUGUGUAUAAGCCAAAGUGUAAGAGAAAGCUUGGUAUUUUAUGAAGGAAGUGGAUAAAAUGUGUAUAUGUCAAGGUGUAAGAGAAAGCUUGUUGUCUAUGAAGGAAGUGGAUAAAAUGUGUAUAAGUCAAGGUGUAAGAGAAAGCUUGGUGUUUAUGAUAAUAUGUAAAAGACAUCAGUAUUAGUUAGCUCGCAAACAAAAACCAAUCAACUGCAGAUUACUUUCUAUCAUAACUUUCUGUUCAAGCCAUUUCUAUCACCU